AACCCCACCAGAUUUUCGAAAACUUCAGUAGCGGUAGGUAACUUGUACAACAGUUAGUGGUGACUUAGCUACUCAAGGUUGAUUAUCACACCAAGAGAUGUGCUCUACUUUUCACAAUGGGGUAUUUUAUUUCUCGUCGUAAGGCAUUCUCUAUCCCACCUAGGGUUAUUCUGUUCUUUUUUCUCCAGCAAAGGGCAUUUUAAAUUUCCAUCAGAGGUCCUCCCAUAGCUACAUUCCCAAACAAGCUUUACUCUACACUCAGUUAUUGAUAUAAACCUCAACGUGCACCAACAGCUCCAACAUGCAAUUAUAUUUUCAUUUUGCAGAUCGAUGAAACCCCAAUAGUUAUGGAUAGCCAAUUUCUGGUAGGUAUUCUGUCUUACAACAUGUAUUAAGUGGUGUAGUUCUUUUGUCUUACAGCAUGUAUUAAAGGAAUCUAGCAUAGAAUACAAUAUAUCAGGGAAAAAGCCGUUUGGGAGGUUCCUCGUCAAGACAUUUCAGUGUAGGCCGGACCAAGAAAAGGACAAGUUCUUACAAUAUCAAAAGUCUAGAAUUGUAAAUAAUACUUUGUUUAGCGGUCACUGGAAUCCUGAGAAAGACGGCAUUCUUCAAAACAAACAAAAACAAAUUUCAUAAAAAUUAUUUGUAACGUAAAAUAUUCAAUAUUUUAACAGAGAAUUUCUCAAAGAUUCCAUUUUUAUAAAGAAUAAAUGUUUGACAUACAGACUCAGACAACGGGAUUAUAUAUGCUAUUAAAAUAGAUUUUAGAGGCUAUUCAAGUCGUAAAUAUUAGUAAAAUCUAGGUAGACCAAAAACAAGUGGAUAUAUUUCUUGAAUCUCACAAGUCUCGUAAUGUAUCUUCUUUUGGGAAGAUGUUCCGACCAUCUUUGAUGCCGAUAAUGCUCUGUUGUUUAAACUGCUUUAAUGUAAACAGGGCUUGUUGGUUAAACCAUCUGCCCCACCCCCUUACAUCCCAAAACAAUCUAAACGUCGUUUUUGUUUGAUUAAAAUUCUUGACUUGAAUGUUGACGGCAAUUUUGACCACCUACCGGAAUUUUUGGUGGGGAUUUAAUUUGGCAGACUGCAGAGUUGCGAGCGGUAAUUUAAAACAAUCUAAAUGUUAGUUUUGGUACUCAGCUAAAUGUUAGUUUUGGUACUCAGCUAAAUGUUCGUUUUGGUACUCAGCUAAAUGUUAGUUUUGGUACUCAGCUAAAUGUUAGGGCUUGUCUUUUUUUUUUUUUUUUUUAAGUUUUGGUAAAAUACUUUUUUUUUCUUUUCAUAUUUUUUUUUUUUUUAAAAUAAAACAAAAAAAAAGUUUUAUUUUUCCAAUUUAAAUUGUAUAUUUUUUUUUUUAUAUUUAUUUUUUUUUUUUUUUUUUUUUUUUUUUAAGUUUUGGUAAAAUACUUUUCUUUUCUUUUCAUAAUUUGUUUUUUUAUAAAAUAAAACAAAAAAAAAGCUUUAUUCUUCCAAUUUAAAUUGUAUAUAUUUGUUUUUAUAUUUAUUUGCCACAGUCAAACGCCACUGAAUCAAGCAAUGGAACGACCACAUUGAACGGGGUAAUUAUCUCUAUUAUAUUGUUGCUGGUAACAUUUUUUUGUAAUAGUAGAUGAGGCUCGUUAACCCUGGAUGGCAACUCAUCUAAGAGAAGGAAAUUCUGAAUUAAAGACACAUCUAUUUCGCAAAAAGCUUCUGGGAUGAGUGUCUACCUUAUUUUCCAGUUAAUUCAUAAAGGCUGUGUUGCUUAGGGCUGAAAUGGCUAGAAAGACUUUGCCAUUGUAAUGCUUGUAAUUAGUUUUUGUAGUGUUGCGUUUUUUUUAAAUGUGGUAAAUUAUAGAUUUGUUUUGUUGACUUUGAACCGCGAUUUGAACCUUUGGGGGUGAAGCGUGUUUUUGAAAUGAACUUUAUUAUUAUUAUUAUUAUUAAUUAAAAACCCGGAGAUGGAGUCCCGUAGGUGGAUAAAAUUGGUUCAAUGAAACAUUCUGACAACACGUGCGACGUCAAUUGUACUAAGCUGUAUCAUCCACACGAUGUUCCCUUGGGUUAUCCAGCAGCGUGGAAAGAGGCGAUUUGCUCUUGGGAACCAGAUUUGAUCCUCAAAGAAUAAUCCCAGAUUUCGUCCGGCUAUCUCCACACCAUCGUCACAUUGUGACGGUCGGAUGCCAGCAAAAUAAAGUUUUAAAAAAGUUCUAUUGACAGAGAGGUCUCAUACGGCGAUCUUAUGUUGUGCCUAGAUCAAUGUCACGUGAUCUUUUAAAGUUACUCCUUGGUUGAGUAAAUUAGUUCAUAGAAGCUGGGUAGCUAGUGGUAGUGCGCACCAUCUGUUGAUAAUGUUUAAUAUCUUGGUUAAUUUACCACCCAAUGUUAGUUGCGUAGCUAGGAUGGGUUCCCGCCUAAAUGUGUUGGCUCCAUAGCUAGGAUUAUGUCCCACACACUGUUGUUAGCUUUGUAGCUAGGGUUAUUGCCAGCCAAAUGUUGGUGGCUUUGUAGCUAUGGUUAGUUCCUACCCAAUGUUGUUGACUGCGUAGCAAUGGUUCGUGCCAACCCAGUGUUUUUUGCCUGCUUAGCUGUGCUUGGUUCCCGCCCAUUGUUGUUGGUUGCGUAGCUAUGGUUGCUGCUCAUCAAGUACUCUUGACCGAAAUACUAUCUUUCAAUAUAUAGAGACAAAAUACAGGCCAUUCACGCCCUCCUUCGCCCGUAGUUGACAGAUUGCAUUUGGUUAAACACUUUAUUCGUGAUGUCUUGAUUGGUAUUUAUCAAUACUUUAAUAGACCCACAAAUCGGUGUUCAUUACUGCAUGAACAUAUAUGAACCGGUCAGUAGACCCACAAUUCGGUGGUCACUACUACCUGAAAACAUAUGAACAGGUCAGUAGACCGACCAUUCGGUGUUCACCUCUACAUUAGCAUGUUAACACAUGCUUUGCAGUAGAUAGUAGACCAUCUGUUUGGUCGUCAUUACUAGAUGAUGAUAUGACCAGAUCACGUCACAGAGUUGGUAGUGUUAGCAGCCUCCUGGAUUAGCUUUGAAACCUGGACAAAUACUUUGACGAUUAUGGAUAUCAUUUAAGAUCUGUACGUCUUGAUGAGCCCACGUUGCUUACGUUAUAAAAGUUCAUUGUUUUAAUUGACUAAUUAUUCUAAAUUUUGACAUUUAAAUUUAUGAUACUAAAGAAAAACAACAUGGCGUAACUCAAAUUUGGGGUAAAAAAAAACAACAACAACUACAGCAAUCAAAUUGCUCAAUGUAUUAAAACAUCAAACUGAUCCUGGAGAUGUCAUUUGUAUUAUGAAUCUGGUCCCAAAAUGACAACUCUAUUAUCAGUGAAUGUUCAUUAACGAUAACAGUAUGUUUAUCCCGUAGAUUCAAAUACAAAACAUACGUAACGUUUGUUAACAUACAGUUUCGAUAUCAUUGUUUUUAUCUCGUAGAUUCGAAUACAAUGUCAACAUACAUUUUGUAAAGACUGAGGUACUCGAAAGAAAUUAGGUUAAAACAGUUUCAGGGUUUACUAAUUUUUUUUAAAUAAAAAAAAAAAAUAAUAAUCUCAUUGCCAUUUCAAGUAAACAAUUUUUGAAAUUUAAUUGUUAUCCAAUGAACUCGCCCAAAGGCAGUGCACUUAUUUUGUGUACUUAUGUGUACUUUAUGUUUACAGUCAGCCAUUACGUCGGAUGCAGGAAACGCAACGGUGAGUCACAUAACAUAUUAUGUUAGAUAGUAUACAUACAAUCUAGUACAUAGAUAUGUUAGAUAGUAUCCAGACAAUGUAGUACAUAGAUAUGUUAGAUAGUAUCCAUACAAUCUAGUACAUAGAUAUGUUAGAUAGUAUCCAGACAAUAUAGUACAUAGAUAUGUUAGAUAGUAUCCAGACAAUCUAGUACAUAGGUAUUUUAGAUAGUAUCCAGACAAUUUAUUACACAUUUGUUAUGUAGUUUUCAGAUAAUUUAGCAUCAGCAUAAUAUCUUGUUUUCUAACAUGUGGCGACAUAAAAUUUAAAUUUUAUUAGCAUAGAUCCACGUCAUUGGAGUUAAUAUUACAUUUUAAAUAAGUGCAUUCCUAUUUAUUUCACGGGUGCACUGAAGUAAACUAGUUUAAACCUCCUACUAAUUUUCUUUAAAAUUCUCUAUAUUUUCAUUGUUAUGUUUGUAUUGUUGCGUUUAAUGCUAGUGUCAUCGGUCCUAACAUUUCUUAAAUAAUUCAAAGCUGUAGCGUAUGUGCUAUUACUAACAUGUAUAAUGUUUUUGGUUUUUUUUGGUUACAUUAUGGAACAUAAGAAAUCACAAACAUAUUUCUUGUUGAUGCCCAUGCGUUGCCAUCUCGGUCUUGAAAAAGAAAAGCGUUUGUUAAUUUUUGUUAUUUCAGAUCCUUUACAUAGAGGAUAGCUUAAAUAAUGCAUUUAAUUGUUUUAUUCAUGUCUCCGGUAAAGAAGUCCUAUUACUUUAAUUAAUAUACAAAGCGUUGAAAGCAACAACAACACAUUGGUUUAUGUUAAUUUAAUAAGAGUGAGACGAUCUAAUGCGAUACUUUUUGGUUGCUAUCUCUCUUGUAUCAGAGUGACGGCAGUCUCGUGGCUGAGGGUGACAACCACAGCGUCACCAAGGUAAGGCAAUUCUUAGUUAGUUAUAUAGAAUCAAGCAACAAUUUUUACAGCGAUAUAUUUUACUAGAGCUUAACAUGGUGCAGAUUUGAACACCGGGUAUGAGUGUUUAGAGACAAUUCCAAGUAUGUACUAGUGUUUCAAAAAAAAAAAAAAAAAAAAAAAGUUUAUUUUGUAACAAAGGUAAGGCAAUUCUUAGUUAGUUAUAUAGAAUCAAGCAAAAAUUUUUACAGCGAUAUAUUUUACUAGAGCUUAACAUGGUGCAGAUUUGAACACCGGGUAUGAGUGUUUAGAGACAAUUCCAAGUAUGUACUAGUGUUUCAAAAAAAAAAAAAAAAAAGAAAAGUUUAUUUCUCAUGUUCUUUAUAGUUCAGGCUUUAAACACUAAGUCAAUAGACCGUCCUACACCCUACCUCUUGGCUUUUAAACAAUAGGCCACUAGACAGUCCUACACCUUACCCGUCGACUUUUAAACAAUAGGUCUAUAUAAAGUCCUACCCUUUACCUGCCUGCCUUACAAACAGUCCUGCAAAAUAGUCCUAAAAACAGUCCUACAAACAGUCCUACACUAUAUCUUUAGCUCUUAAUUGAUGAAGAUAUUAGCCGCCUCACCUUACAGAAAAAAAAAAAUGAAUGAAACUAUUAACCUGAGUUCGUAACGUUAGCUGCGUGACAGCAUUUUUGUUUUGUUUCACUCAAUACGCUUGAUAUAAAACAAACGGAGUUGCGGGAAGGGCGGAUUUUUGAAGAGGAAGCAGGACACAUCAGAAGCAAAGAUAGAUCAGAGAUUGUCUAUAGGUUUUGAUAACACGCGUUUUGUUGAUCGACGCGCGUAAAUCUUACUCACAAAAACAAAUCAAAAUAAGAUUCCCUUGCAUCAUUGUGCUGCUUGCAGGAUAGUUUAUUAUUGUAAUUUAAUUGUUACGUGGUCUAUGGCUGUCCGAGAUAUAUUUUAGGGUAUACUUAACAGGGACAGACAAACGUGCAUCAGUCACAAAGGAAAUUCGGUCAUUUAGUCUAGUUCAAUUCUUUUCUUUUAAAAAAAAUAUUUUUUAUUUUCCUUUGUAAGUUUUAUUAUUAUUAUUAUUCAUCAAUUUUUUAAAUUUAUUAUUCAAACCAAAACAUAGGAUAAGGUAUUUAUUUAUUUUUUUAGCUGGGUCAUUAUAAAUUAAUUUUAUUUAUUUUUUUUCAAAAAAGAUCAAUUUUGUUGAACAAUUUAUUAACGUCCCUAACCUGCACCAGCCCCCCCCCCCCCCCCUUUUUUUUUUCCUUUUCCACAAAUCAGGAUCAUAAUCAAAACAGUGUUUUCUCCAAAUAGAAACGUGUGCAUGUAGAGCUAUGUAUUGGAAAUAUUGAAUAAGAAAAUAACACAACUAAAUAGAGAGAUUUGGUUAAAAUUACUUGCAAAUUUGGGGAUACAAUUAUACAAUAAGAACUAAUUAAAAUUAAAUGAGCAGCUUAAUAAUGUUGUUAUUUUUUUUUUUCAAAUGGCCUCCACAGCGAACGGUGGUGAGUAUUGAGAUUAAUACAAGUGCAAAUAAAAUUCUCUAACAAAACGUUUUAAUUUAAUGCAGAACGCCUUAAUUUAUUACACGAAAUGUCAUCAAGUCACCUUAAAGUAUUACACUUUUUUUUUAAUCGACUAAGUUUCUUUUUUUUUCAUUCUUUCUUUUUUGGGGUAAAAUGUUCGGAAGGCUAAUUGAACCACUUCCCGCCAUCGUAUCAAGUUGAAACUGGGCACAUGCGCUCGUUGCCGACGACAAAACAUUUGGUCAACUUGUCAGCCCCACUCCCAAAAUUGAUUAUAUUUUUUUUUAAAGGGGAUGAAUGCUAAAGAUUUGAUCCAUUGGGGCAAGUUGACAAUUUAGGCGAAAUUAGGUUUUAGCGUUCUGGUUUCUUGUUCAUACUAGAUUUUUUUCUUAGCAACGUUAACUAUAUUAUAUCAAACAAUUGUAAUGGUUUUAUAUUGUAAUGCCAUAGAAAUGUUAUGUUGGAUCGGUUUAGCACACUCUAAGAAAUGCUGUGUUUCACCAUUAUAGAACAUUAUGAUAAAAAGUAUGUUAGAUCAUUAUGAAACUCUCUUAGAAAUGUUCUUUCAAAACAUUAAAUUGUUUUUUUUAAGUUCUCUUGGAUCUUUAUAGAUCUCACUUAAAUAAUUUUUUUCUUCAUCAAUUAUAGAACUACCUUAGACAGGGUAUGGUAGAUAGUAAAGAUGUCUAUCAGAAAAUCGUUUGCACCAUUAUAGAACUCCCUUAAAGUAUUUUCUUUCGACUUCACUAGAGGUCUCUUAGAAAAUUUCAACUUGAUAAUAUAACCAUCUCAUGAAAUAAAAAAAAACAAAAAAAAAAACAUAUUUUGGUAAGUUGUAAAGCUCUCAUAGAUUUGUAGGGUAUAAUUAAACUCACAUAUUUCGGUCAAAUGUAGAUCCCGGAAAAAUAAAUGCAAUUUUUCAAUUGCAGCAAUGGAAAGGUAAUAAUGGCAAGGGCGAAGGAAAAGGUAGAGGAUAUGGCAGAGGAAAGGGAAGAGGAAAGGGCAAAGGAAAUGACGGAGAAAAUGACAGCGACGAUGAAGGUCAUGGAAAGGGAAGGAAAUGUGGCAAAGGCAAGGGUAGAGGAAGAGGAAGAGGCAGACCAGGCAAGGCUAACGGAAUUGAUGGCAAAGCUGAUAGGGUGAGUCACGUUGAGACAUUUUUUAAUUCAAAAAGUGUUGUCAGUCUUAUUAUUAACUGUCUGUCAAACAAUAGUAUGUCUUAUUAUUAACUUUCUGUCAACCCAUAGUAUGUCUUAUUAUUAACUAUAUGUCAACCCAUAGUAUGUCUUAUUAUUAACUGUCUGUCAACCCAUAGUAUGUCUUAUUAUUAACUGUCUGUCAACCCAUAGUAUGUCUUAUUAUUAACUGUAUGUCAACCCAUAGUAUGUCUUAUUAUUAACUGUAUGUCAACUAAUAGUAUGUCUUAUUAUUAACUGUCUGUCAACCCAUAAUAUGUCUUAUUAUUAACUGUCUGUCAACCCAUAGUAUGUCUUAUUAUUAACUGUCUGUCAACCCAUAGUAUGUCUAAUUAUUAACUGUCUGUCAACCCAUAGUAUGUGUUAUUAUUAACUGUCUGUCAACCCAUAGUAUGUAUAAUUAUUAACUGUCUGUCAACCCAUAGUAUGUCUUAUUAUUUACUGUCUGUCAACCCAUCGUAUGUCUUAUUAUUAACUGUCUGUCAACCCAUAGUAUGACUUAUUAUUAACUGUCUGUCAACCCAUCGUAUGUCUUAUUAUUAACUGUCUGUGAACCAAUAGUAUGUUUUAUUAUUAACUGUCUGUCAACCCAUAGUAUGUCUUAUUAUUAACUAUAUGUCAACCCAUAGUAUGUCUUAUUAUUAACUGUAUGUCAACCAAUAGCAUGUCUUAUUAUUAACUAUAUGUCAACUAAUAGUAUGUCUUAUUAUUAACUGUCUGUCAACCCAUAAUAUGUCUUAUUAUUAACUGUCUGUCAACCCAUAGUAUGUCUUAUUAUUAACUGUCUGUCAACCCAUAGCAUGUAUAAUUAUUAACUGUCUGUCAACCCAUAGUAUGUCUUAUUUUUAACUGUCUGUUAACCCAUAGUAUGUCUUAUUAUUAACUGUCUGUCAACCCAUAGUAUGUCUUAUUAUUAACUGUCUGUCAACCCAUCGUAUGCCUCAUUAUUAACUGUCUGUCAACCAAAAGUAUGUUUUAUUAUUAACUGUCUGUAAACCCAUAGUAUAUCUUAUUAUUAACUGUCUGUCAACCCAUCAUAUGUCUUUUUAUGAACGAAACAUUUUCUGACCACAGAUUUUUCUUAACGGGGCACUAGUUUUAACUUGUUAUCUACCAAUAACUUAUGAACGACCGUACAGAUCAUUAACAGGCUCAAAAUUAACUGGAAAGCUUACUCUAAAAAUACAUUGUUACACGAAAGUUGAUGAAUUGUUUGUAAAUUACCAUUAAUACCAUCUCAAGACAAUACACAUUCUUGUCAAAAGAGUGAGAUGAUUAUAAGACUUUUCACUGUUUUUAUGCAGUAAAAAAAAUUAAAAAAUAUAAAAAUUAUAGAACUUUUUAUUUCAAAUACAUAGAUAUUGUUUUAGUUCAAAUAGAAAUAAAUUUUCAUAUGCAAAUACAAAUAAAAUACAAUAAAUUUUGUCUGUGUGUGUAUUUUGAGAUCAUACUUUUGCAAAACUCUACCGUUUGAUUACGAGACUGAAGAACAUUUGAUUUUAUCAUUUUGCUAUAUUUGAGGGCCCACGGUCAUUCUGGCUCCUGGUUUGAAUUCAAAGUUGUAAUUCUCUUAAAUGAGUUGCCGUUCAAGGCGAACGAGUCCCAUCCACCCGGGGUGCCUGGGGUGUUUAUGCUUGUCUUGACUUCUGGGAGAAUUAAGCUGCAGACCACCAGCUGAGUCAGUUCAAACCACUCGGCCACCAAACACCUUCUUACCUUACCAAAAGUCACCUACUUAUAACAGUAAUACGUAGAUAUAUAAAAAAAGAAGGAGAUAAAACCAACGCAGACAAGUACUGACAUAAAAAUGUUACAAUCCAAAGUUGCACCACACGCGAUUAACAAAGUAUGUGCUUUAGACCACAAAUCCCCUGAACUUACCCUAUGUAGCUACAGCUAGAAACAUAAGUUAAAUGAUUUGACCUAUCCGAAAUCGUAAAUUUACUUGAAUGAAAUUUCGUUGACGGAAAAUUGAUUCACGGAAAUUUGGUCGAUUCUUUUUUUCAGUUCACACGACAUAGUUUUGCGUCAAAUUUCUUUGUUUUACUUUAUAGCAUAGUGCGUUCAAAAAGAAAGUUGGCGAAUAUUUAAUACAUACAUAUUUCAAAGCUUACUAUUGUUAAGCUAAGGUCUUCACGUCAUUUUUUUUUGGUUUUUAAUCAAUGCCCUCCCCCUUCCCUCCGUUGUUAAUGUCUGUGUGGGUAUUCCACGACAAUAAAAUGUAACCAGUAGUAAACUAACUCAAAUAUACUUUAACGUCUAAUUUAUAUAAAAUUUAAAAAAAAAUAUUUGUAAAAACUAUUGAAAUUAAUUUUGUUUUCUUUAAAUAUUAAGAGAAAUAUUUGACAUUUCACGCUCUGUGAAGUAAUUAUAUAUAUAUANUUUUUUUUUUAAAGUGUAGAUAAGAUUUGAUAGUCGAAAAUCCAUGUUAAUGUCAUUGAUGUGUUUAUUUUUAUGGACAAAAUAAUCACGUUUUUUAUCCUCAGAGAGAUGAAGACGAUGUAGAGGGAAAUGAUGUAAGUAUUGUUGAAUGUGCAGAUUGAAAUGUAUUGGAGGAAAUAGCAGGACAUUAGAUACAACAAUAGGAAACACUUUUUAAACAAAAAUAGGAAAAACCGUACAUACAAUAGUAGGAGAUAUGGUAGAAAACAAUAGUAGGACAUACAGUAUUAUCUAUAACGUAACAUUUAUUUGCAUAUAUGGUAACUUAUAUGUUUAUACUGAGAGGUAAAAACGAAAUGAAAUUACGUCUGCCAAAAGGUGCUAUUAACAUGAAAACAUAUAGAAGUUCAUACAGUUAUGCAUUAUUAUAGAUAUUAAAACAUACAUUAAAAUGUUACGAGACAAGAAAGUCUGCCCCAAGAUUUAUUUUACAGCCUAAGGAAUGUUAAAUGUAAUGUAUGGUCUAUUUAUAUGUUUCAUGUAAUGUAAGAUAUGUUUAAUAGAAUCUAAGACAUUUUAACAAUAGAAAUCCGAAGCAAAGGGAGACAAAUAAAACGGUAAGAAAAGUAAAAUUCCGUUAGGGCGUUUAAAUUUUGAAUUUCCUCCCUUGGCAUGAUUCAUUGCUAUUAGAUGAAGCAGAUGACAGCAAGUGGUUGUCAUUUUAAUGUAGCAUUAUUUUCCAAUUGGUAUGUUAUGUGCACUAUCAACAAGAACACUAAUGUCAUGUAAUGCCUCUCAUGUCAUGUUCACUUUCUUUUCGUGUCAUCUCUGUGAUCGUCAUCCACUAGUCAUUUCAAAGCAGUGCUUGUCAUAGCCGCUCAUGUCAUAGCCGCUCAUGUCAUAGCCGUUCAUGUCAUUGCCGUUCAUGUGUACGCCUUAAAGAUCGUCUCUAUCACCUCUAACAAAAUGUCAAACGUUUAGAUUUAGAAGAUAAUUAUUUCUUGAUAUUCCAGGUGGCCAAGAGUAAGAGAGGGAGAGGGAGAUGGAACGGCAAAGGAAAAUGGGUAAGUGAACCGGGUUACCAUGACAACCAAACUGUGCCCAGCGGAAACUAUUUGUAUGGACGCCAUACUUAGAACGAAAGCAAAAUUCGAUUUAUUGAACUAAAAAAAAAAAAAAACAUUAUUUGCUGCAUUAUAUAUGAUAUCAGAUAUUUAAGUGACAGAAAUGUUUGGUGUUGAAUAAACAGAAGGGUCUUAUUGAUAGUGAGCUUAAAGUACGAUCGCAUGACCAAAUAAAUGAAAUGUCGUUGUAGUAGUACGUGAAUGUUAUCUCUUAUAAUUAUUGGAGUUUUUUUUAAUGAAGUUUGUUUAAUUUACAAAAGAAAUUGUAUUUAUCAUUAAUUAAAACGUAUUUCAUUUUAUUUUAGAGGAAAAACCGAACUGAUGCCGCUGAGGUACGUCUUUAUGAUUUGAGAACCUUUGAAAGAGAUUACGUAUAAAACAUAGAUUACAUUAUUUCUAACAAAAAAAUACGGGAAAGUUACAUCUGACAAUAUAGACAGGGGGAAAAUAUAUAUCUCUUAAGAUUAUUGCCGCAAAUCAGUUAAAUUUAAAAAGUUGUUAUCUUUUAUUUUACUUUACAGCGAGGUGGAAACAGUUUGAUAGGAUGGGACUUGUAAAUAAUGAAUAUAAAUUAAAUUUCAGUUUUUUUUUAAAUUUAAAUUGAACUGAAAUUUAAGAUAAAUAUUUUUUUGUCAUUAAAAAAAUAAUUUUAAUGACAAAAAAAAAUCUAGAUCUAUUAAAAACAAGGAGAUAAAAUAGAUGAUGAUAGUGCUCUAGAUUCAUAAGAAGUGAAUUUUAACUUUAUUAUUUUUUUCUCAAAAGUUUGGAAUACAGGCAAAGGAAGCCAAGAUAAUACAAUUCUAUUGCGUGUUUUAUAAAGUAUUCCAUUGUUGUGUAUCCACAGAGAGAUGCAGAAGACAAAGUAGAGGACGAUAAAGUAAGGAUCGUAUAAUGAACAUGAACGGCGUUAUUAAUCUUUUAAAAAAAAAUAAUAAAUAAAUAAUGAUCAUCAUAAUAUAAUUUUUUGUAGUUGAAAUAAUUGUUUGAGUUUUCACUCCCUAUUACAAUUUGAUUUUUAAACCAAAGUUAAUACGAUUUGAUCCAAACAAAUCCGUUUCCAUAUUAUCAAUGCGUACAUUUUGUUUAAACAAAAUAAUUACAAUUUUGUCAUCAGAGAAAUGAUGAAGACGACGUAGCGGGAAAUGAAGUAAGUACAGUAAAAUGUAAUGAUUUGGAUUUGGUAUGACGAAAUGGUAGGGCAUAUAUUAGUAAAAAUAGAAGCACAUACAAUGGUUAUGUAGACGUAUGGUUCGCAUCGAGAAUCGCGUUUGUGAACAUUGGGUGACCCCCGAUUAGGCCAGACGAUGGGUGUCAUGUAGUUAUAAAUUGUCCCCCUUGACUACAUGUUAACACAGCCCAAUACAUAUGCGUUAUUAAAGAAAUUAGGACAUACACUUAAUGGCUAUGUGGCAAGAAAAAUCUGUCCCCUUAGGUAUUUUAUGUCCUGGGGAAUGUUUAAUAGAAUUUAUGAUCUUUUUAUAUGAUUUGACGUAAUGCAUGAUCUUUUUAUAUGUUUUUAUGUAAUGUAAGAGAAUUUUCAAGUAAUGUACUACAUAUUUACAUGACACUUCCAAGGGAAAAGGGAGACCAAGAACGGGUAGAAAGGAAAAAUGAGUUAAUUUAAUUUUAGGAUUACCUCUCUUGACACAAUUCAUUCACAUUCCAUUGCUGUUACUAGUUGCAAUCUCAUGUCAAUUUCUUUUUUUUAUUUGUGAUAUAGUAUAUGCACUUUCAACAAUGCAAAAAAAACAAAACCAACAUUUUAUGUACUGCCUGCCAUCUAUAGCAACAUUUCAAUUCGUGUCAUGUCAUCCACAAGUCAUUUCAAGACAAUAGUUGUCAUAACCUUUCAUUUGCACGAUUUAAUGACAAUGUUAAGUUAAGUAAACAUGAGGGUAUUUGUAUGUCGUCAUUUGGGAACUGCCACUAUAAUUUCAAAAAAAACGUUUAUUUUAGUCUAUAUUUCAGGUGGUCCAGAGAAAGAGAGGAAGGGGAAACGGCAAAGGAAAAGGGGUAAGUGGAGUGUGUAACCAUGACAACCAAAACGUGCACAGCGGAAACAGUUCAUAUGGGCUUCAUUCCUACAACAAAAUAUUAUUCGCCAUUUAAAAAAAAAAACAAAAAAACUAAACAUAUUGCUUGCUGCAUCAUAUGGUGUAUGACAAGUCAUUAACAGAAAUAUUUGGUGUUGAAUCGUCAGAUAGGUUUUAUUGGUUCGCAACUUACACAAAAAUGCCAGUUACCAAUUGCAUAAAACGCCAAUGUAAUUGUACGUGUAAUUUAAUUCUUAUAAUUAUUUAUCACAACAACAACAAACAAAAAAUUAUGAAAAUGUUCAAAUUUUCAAAGGAUAGUUACAUUUAUCAUUAAUUAAAUGUUUUUUAAUUCUUUUUUUUUUUUUUUAGAAGAAAAACCGGAAUGACGCCGCUGAGGUAAGUGAAUAAGAUUUGAGAACCAUUGAAUUACAUUACGUGUAAAACAGACGUCACGUGAUAUCUAAAAAAAUUUUUUUUUUUUUUUUUUAGAAGAAAAACCGGAAUGACGCCGCUGAGGUAAGUGAAUAAGAUUUGAGAACCAUUGAAUUACAUUACGUGUAAAACAGACGUCACGUGAUAUCUAAAAAAAAAAACUAUCCGAUUGGAAAAUACCACAAAAUAAACAUGACGGAAAAUAAAUCUCUUAAAAUACGCGCCCCGAAUGAGUUCAAUAUAAAUCGCCGUUAAUUGUAUAUUUGAUUGUACUUUAAAGCAAUCUGGGGACAAGACAAUUGCAUGAGGAAUGCACAGUUUGAAUAUAAAAUGAGUAUUGAACUGCAACAUAAAUAUAACAGUAUAGCUUCUCAAAGUAAUUUUUUUUUUAACAACAAUAAAAAGUUAUUGUUUAAAAAAAAAGGAAACAACUUAGAUGAUGAUUAUGUUCUUGAUCUCUAAUAUGUUAAUUAUAACAUUUUUUGUUGUUGUAAUUCUUGCAAAGCUUAGAAUGAAGGCAAAUGAAGCACAGAUAAUACAAUUAUAUUGUUUUCUUUACACAUUAUUACUUUAUUUUGUAACCACUGAGAUGUGUAGAAGACAAAGUAGAUGUCGAUUAUGUCAAAUAUGCCCGAGUGCUGACAUUUAGACAUGCCCUACGACCUUCGUAAAACACUUCACACAAUUUAAGAUCUAACAUAAUUAUUAAAGCCGCACACAUUAUCGUAUAGUUUAGUUGUGUUAUAAAUUUAAGCAUGCAUGAUAAAACAAAUGGUCAGUAUGCAGUCAAAUGUUCAUAUUCCCAUGCCAUCGGUCAUACAGAUGUGCAUAAUGACAUAUAUUCUGCCACAUUUGUGUAUUACAACAUACAGAAGGAUGUUUUAUUCCUUCCUGCUACCAGAAAAGUCCGCAGUUUUCUUCAGAAGAACCAAAGUCACUUAAAAAACGUUUAUAUUUCAAACUAUUUUUUUGUAUUACCUGACACUGACUUUGUCUUUAGAGGCCAAAUUCUUUACUUUGGGCCCUUAUCUUUUGGGAAAAUAAUAUUUCACUUGUGUCGUUUACUUUCGAGACAGAGUUAUUUAAUUUGAUUUUUUUAUUUAGAUAUAAAAGAAAAUUGUCUUUCGCUCUUCACAGAGAAAAUAAAAAUGCAUUUGGAACAACAGCGUGGAUUUUGUUGGAAAAUAUUUUAAUUUUACUAUCACAGAUAUUUUUCAUAACAUAUUUAUUUUUUAAAGAUUGAUUCUUUCGAGUUUUAGUAAUAAUUUAGCUUGUCAUAUACUUAACUUAUACCAUUAUUUUGUGAUAACUAGUUUAUAUUUAAUUUGUGACAGCUAGUACACAUUGCUCAAGAUAAAAUGAAAUAUUUGGUAACUAGCCAAACUUAUGGACACUUUUCGUUAGAUAUAAAGCAAAUCGAAGGAUGAUUAGAAAUAUUUAAAAAAAAAAAAACACAAUAACAACACAAAUUAUUGGAUGAACAUUUCGCAUAUCCCCAUGAUUAUCAUGAAUGUUGUCCGUGUGGAUCUGACUUUUAAAAAAAACACAAUCUUUAGCCCAUAGGAAACUAGCUCAAAUAUACAUGAACGGCGUAAUUAAAGUUGUAAAAAAUAUAUUAAGAAAAAUAUGACCAUAGUUAGAGUUUUGUUGACGUUUAGAGAAAUAUUUCACAAUUUACUCCAAGUUAAAAUUAGAUUUCCAAGAAAAGUCGAUGUGGUUUGAUGGAAAUAAAUACGUUUUAAUGUUAUGAAUGUGUAAUUUUUUUAAUAUAUAUAUAAAAACAAAAUAAUGUUGAUUUUGUCACUAGAGAGAUGAAGAAGACGAUGUAGCAGGCAAUGACGUAAGUAAAUUAUAAAAUAAAGCAAUACUUAUGGUCGAAAUAGUAGGACUUAUAAUUGAAAAGUUAGUAGGACAUACGAUAAUAGGUCACACACCAGAAAAAUAGUAGGUCACACAUAUGACACGUUAGUAGGACAUACAGUAUGAUCUAUAACAUGAAACAUAUUAAAAAACAAAGUUUGCCAAAAGGCACUGUCACCAUGAUGACGUAUAAAAGCGAAUGCUCCAAGAUUUAUUUAAUAGCGUUUGGAAUAUUUACGAAAGAGUAUGAUCUUUUUAUAUCUUUCAUGUAAUGUAAGUCAUGUUUAAUGUCAUUUAAGACACAUUUAUAGAAAAAAUCUGAAUGAAAUUGAGAGCAAAAAAAAAAGCAAAAAAAAAAGAAACGGUUAGAAAAGGAAAAAGAGAUGAUUUAAAAUUUUGAUUACUUCUCUUGGCACAUUUCAUUCAAAUUCCAGGACGAUUUCACGUUGGCACUUCAUGCAAAAAAGGCAAACUAUUUUCCUUGUGACACAUUAUGUGCCCUAUCGUCUAUCAAAAAUAUGUUAUGCACUGCCUGUCAUCUAUAGUUACAUUUCAAUUCGUGUCAUGUCAACCACAAAUCAGUUCUACACAACGCUCGCCAUAGCCUUUCAUUUAAAUGUCACUUAAAUGACAGUUCUAUUUAGUUUAAUGAGGGAUAACAAUUAGACUUUGAAGAUGUUAUUUCGUUGACUUUUCAGGUGGCCGAGGCUAAGAGUGGAAAAUUAAACAGCAAAGGAAAAGAG